AACCAUAGUGGUAAUAUGGCCCAUAUGGCUCUACGUUUUUAGUUGGUUCUGUUUGACGUUAGACUCAAAUGAACCUUAGACUAGUUCAACUUAGGAAAGAACCAAAUGGAUCCAGAUAUGGUUUAGAUUUGUUCUAUGAAAAAUUGAAUUAAUAAAAAAAAAGUCUUUUUUCUAUAGGUUUCCUAAUUGAUUCAUUAGCUUGAGUUUACAUUACCAUUAUAUGAAUUGCGAGAUUUUAAAGUGUCAUGGUAGUGCAGUUCUUCUAUUACUAUUAUAUGAUCUAGUUUUAUGCACCGUUGGUUCAAAGGAUUGGAGAUUUCAACAUCAGAAAAAGAAGAUGAAAAUUGCAAUCUUUGCAUCUUGAUGGUCUCAAUACUAGCACAGAAUUUGACAAGUGUCCCUGCAGUCUACACCUGUACACACUCGAAACCAACAAGCAUGACACGCACUCGAUCCCAAACUGGUCCAUUUCCUUUCUAUAUAGCCCUCACCGUUUUCCACAUUUGUUUUCCCAAAGCUUUACACUUUCAAGAUAACCAAACAAAGAACCAUCAAUCUGUUUUUUUAUUUUUGCCUAGUUCUUGACAAAUUAGUGUGCUGUUGCCCGUUGGUUUUGCAUUGCUGAAGUGAAGAUCAACAAAGAACCAAGAAGAAGACAUGGCUAGAACGGUUGGAAGAAGCUUGGCUGCUCCAUUACUGUUUCUGAACCUGAUUAUGUAUUUCAUCGUUUUAGGCUUUGCGAGUUGGGGCCUCAAUCAUUACAUCAAUGGGCAGACUAACCAUCCCAGCUUUGGAGGAAACGGAGCAACCCCGUUCUUCCUGACAUUCGCCAUACUAGCUUCCGUUCUGGGGAUUGCUUCGAAGUUAGCAGGUGGAAACCAUUUAAGGGCUUGGAGAAGCGACAGUCUAGCGGCUGCUGGAGCAUCUUCCUUAGUCGCAUGGGCCGUAACUAUUCUAGCUUUCGGAUUGGCAUGCAAGGAGAUAAAUGUUGGAGGCCGGAGGGGAUGGAGGUUAAAGGUUCUUGAGGGGUUCAUAAUAGCGCUAGGAGUGACUCAAUUGCUCUAUGUGCUGCUGAUCCAUGCUGGGAUGUUCAGCAGCAGAUAUGGUCCAGGGUACAGGGACCCUGACUAUGGUCUUGGUGCACCUGGAACUGAGCCCAAAGGUACCGCAGGUGUUACAGGGUCUAGGGUCUAAUGCAGUUGUCUUUAAAAUGGAUAGUUGUACUUUGAAUAUUUGGCAGUUGUUGCUUGGGCUCUGCAGGAGGACUACCUUUUCUUUUUGGUUGAUUUUGAUGAUUAGGACUAGUACUAGUAUUUCUUGUUAAUUUCUCCGGCGCAGACUUAAAUUUUUUUUUUUUUUUUUUGGCAUGGAACUAGUUGUAGCUUUUUAAUUGAAGUUUAGAUCUUAUAUUAAGUUUGCUAAGCAUGUUUGAUGAGGUUUUGUGAUUGAAGCUAUAUUGAUAAGGGGCUUGGAGUCAGUGCAAUUGGGCUUGCUGUAUAUUUGUUAUACUAGUUAUUAUAUAAUUUUUUAGAAAACAGAUAAGUCACCUCAAUGUGUGUAUAUAGCCUUGUUGCGAGAUUGUUGAAUCAAA